UUGGGCUGGUUACCUUAGUAACUAACAGCUGCAAAAAACACACUCACACUCAUACUGAAGUAGUGAGAGCAGGAGGCGACAUGGAAGAGCUCGAUUUUCUUUUAGAGGAGCUGGCCCAGACUUCUGCAGGUUCACAGGGUGUCAGUGAGAACAACAGCAACAAUCCAGUUGAUGGAGAGACGCCAGGUGCAGUUUGUGCUGGACUUACCAAGAAAGGAAAAGGCCCAGUCUUCUCAAAUGUCUACAGUGAUCUGCCAGCUCCUGUGGCGGCUUCUCCGGACUCACCCACUAAGGAGCUGGACUCCAUCUUGCAGGAUCUGAUGGGUUUGGGACAAGGGGAUCCAGAGUCUUCAGCGACCCCACCACCACUCACACAGAAGCAGUCUGUGAAAAGGAAAACAGAAGGAGGCCAACAGGAGAACAAGGCGAGCAGCAGCAGCGGCGGUGCAGCAGGUUCAGAUGCAAUGGCCUCGAACACGAGCAAGAAAACAGAUACUAUAGAUGAUCUGCUUGGUGGACUGAGCUCCGACUUGGAGAAGAUUGGUGUGCGCACCACAGCCAAGGGCCACUGUGCUUCCUGCAACAAAUGCGUUGUGGGAAAGAUGAUCACCGCACUGGGUGAAGUGUGGCACCCUGAACACUUUGUGUGUGUGGCAUGUAAGAUGGAGCUGAGCACCACAGGCUUCUUUGAGAGAGAUGGACAACCAUACUGUAACAAAGACUACCAUCAGCUCUUCUCUCCUCGUUGUGCCUACUGCAAGGGGCCCAUUGUGCAGAACAUCCUGACAGCUCUGGACCAGACCUGGCACCCUGAACACUUCUUCUGUACACACUGUGGAGGCCUGUUUGGAGCUGAAGGUUUCCUAGAAAAGGAUGGGAAGCCAUACUGUUCCAAGGACUUCUACCACCUCUUUGCUCCCAAGUGCUCAGGCUGUGGGGAGUCAGUCAGGGAGAACUACCUGACUGCAGCCAAUGGCACCUGGCAUCCAGAGUGCUUCGUCUGCUCAGACUGUCUGAAGCCCUUCACUAAUGGCUGUUUCAUGGAGUUGGAUGGUCGACCACUCUGCUCACAGCACUUCCACUCCCGGCAGGGCACUCUGUGCGGUGGCUGUGGUGAGCCCAUCACUGGCCGCUGCAUCUCUGCUAUGGAUCGCAAGUUUCAUCCUGAGCACUUUGUGUGUGCCUUCUGUCUGCGGCAGCUCAGCCAAGGCAUUUUCAAGGAGCAGAAAGGGAAGCCUUACUGUUCGGCUUGCUUUGACAAACUCUUUGUGUGAGACAUAAGAUACAUAACAUGGAGCAGAGACUGCUGCAUCAUUGUCAUUAUUGAGAUUUUAAUUUAGCCACAAUGAUGUAUUUAAAUGAGGCAAUACUAUUCUUACAUUAGAGUAAAUUACAUUACAAGAUCGUGUUUGCAGAUAAGCAAUAAACGCUUCACUUUUUCAGUAAUUCAUGGCCAACUAAGCUGCCUGACAUUUUAACAGAUUUUUGAAUUGAAGCGAAAAAUGUGUGGAUAAAUUAUUUGUAGAUUUUGUUAAAAUAUCAAGGGAAAAAUGUUAACAUCGUAACAUAAUUACUGACAUGGCUGUAAAACACAAGGAAAACACAUAUUUCCCCAUGAUAAAAAUAUUUUAGAAACUUUCCAUUUAUGUGAAGUUUGGAUGGUUGUACAAGGUGUGUUGCUGACACUUUUUUUUGACACAUGGCAAAAUUAUACAGGAUUUCGUAUAUCAUGAUCACGUAAAAUUUAUAAACGGAGGACGAAAAACACAGAGGUGCAGUUUUAAUCCGUGGUUUCCAUUAAGCUAUCCCUAGUUUGCCAUAAGACUUGGCAGUCUAGAGAUAUUCUCUGGCAGUAUGGGGCACUUCGUCAAGAGGCUUGUCUAUGUGGCCUGAUAGCUUGUAUUGGCAGUGAAUGGCAUGAAUCGGCGUGCCAACCUGAGUUUCCUCUUACUCUGACCUACCAUUUGGCCCCUGGCAUGCAUUGGAUUCAAACAACCUCCUCAUUCUCCACACAGGCUCCUUUAUAGAUGCCUAUGGAAGAUUAAUGAAGGUGGUGAGGUGAACAAAGGUGGUUUCAGAAGGAGCUCCCUCGCAUCACUGCAUUUCUUCAGCAACUGACGUUGACUGUUGAGGGAUGAAUCAACCACAAAGUGUUUUAGAGUAAAUGUAUUUUUGGUGAUGUACCUUGCAUGUCUGGGCCCAAUUUUUUUGUCUUGUCUUACAGCAAGAUGCCUUGUUCGUGCUUUUUCGGCUGACAGCAUUCAAAUAUGUGAUGUCUGCAUGUCCUUGAUCACACCAUAAAGCACAAAGUGACAACUGAUUAAUUGUAUUUCAUACAGUACUAAAGAUAGAACCUAAUAGAAGGUACAAAAUUAAUAAUUAAAGUUAUGGUAUAGGAAAUCUCACUGAAGUAAAUGAUUGUGGGUGGGCAGAAAAGUAAACUAAAUCACUUUAUAGUAUAAAUCAGUUUUGUAAAGCAAUGAGCAUCAUGGAAACGACCUGUGAAAUAAUAAAGGUAACCAAACUUGCUCAAAUGUUCUCAGUGUUCCCCUCUGUUGGAUACUGAGUUCAGAUUCUUGCCCAUGUCAAAUUGUAUCUUAUCAGACAUUGCCUUAUCUUCAGAUACACUGGCUACUUUUUGUCGGCCCUGUAGUCAGCUUUCUCCAGCUUUUCUUCAAGCUACUUAGACUUGCUGUGUGAAGUUAGUGUGUGAGUGAGAAUGGAGGUUUGCAUUAAUCAUGCUGUCAUCACUGUCAGACCAGGCCUCUCAUAGCCUCUACAGAAUAUGGACCUUGCAUCACGGAAUAAGUGUGAAUGUAUCGUGUUCGGUCAAAAUCCAGGAUCACAAGUGUUUAAUGAUCUAUCGGCCUUGUGCCCAGAUUCCUGCUGAACUCAAAGACAUACUGUAAUUUUUAAUGUUAAAUAUGUUUAACACACCUGAGAGAUUUGCAUUUUGUGUACAAGAGGGAGGUGCACUUUCCAGCUUGAACCAUACAUAUAACAACAUCAACUUGAUCAAAUGACUUGAGUGGCGAUUAUGUGCAGUCUAGUAUUAAAAAUGUUUCUUUAUGCACUAUUUACUGUCACAACUGCAUGCUGUAGGAGUAGACUUGCCGAAACGGUCUAAUAAGUGGCUCACUCUCCUACAUCAAAGAGCUGUAAACUAGGGGUUUAAAUUUAGACGUUGAACGCACAUGUGAACACUCAUCCUAGCUGUCGGGUGUAUUUACAACACCAAAGCUUUGCAAAGUCUUGAGUAGAAAAGUAGAAAACAAAAAUAUGAUGCGGGGAAAGUAAUUCUGGCAUUCACAGAAAAAUAUGAGUGUUAUUGUAUGGCUGAGUGGACAGGGAGGAAAAGGGUUCUCUGGCACGUAGUAAAAAUGAGAAAACAUGAAAUGUGAGCAGGGGUCUUUUUAAAAGGGUGGCGAAUAAAGGGCCGUCUGUGGAAAGCAGAGAGAGUGUAACUCAGGUGACAUUUACAGCAGUGAAACAGAGUACGAACGGUCUGGGAGCUCACUGGGCCAUGAUGGCAGUUCGAGCUCAAUGGGGGAGGAAAAGGGAGUGAAGCAUAAUGGAUACUGGUGACGAGGGAGGCAGGGUGAGGAGGGCAGGGGUUGAGGAGUGUACUUGCAAGAGUUACCCCUGCGUGACACUGAAACCCAACACUUACCUCCUCUCCUGUAAAAUGGCUGUGUCCGCUUGGCCACCCCUGAUGGGGACCGUAGAGCUGCCUGUCCAGACCUAUGCAGUCCCACUGUGGGUCACGCCCGGAGCUGGUGCUGCCCUACCCAGUAAACCCAGCAGUUCACAUCAGCUUUGAACCCAUAACUGUCAGAUAGGUCUCAGGUACAGACUCACUCAUUAAUCAGUACAUUAGCUUGUAGAAACACUUCCAUGGAAACGCCACCUGGAGACAACUCCAGUUGCAAAUCAGUCUGGACAAUGUGAAAUCACAGCUCCAGUAGGUGCAGUUAAACAUGGAUGGAUCAAAUUACUGUAACAUCAUUACUAGGCAUGUCCAUGUAUGUACUGAUAAACUCAACAGGUCAAUGAACUACUAGAAAUAUUUAAGUGAAUGCAGGUACAUUACUCUUAAAGGAACACAGAGCUCUAAAGAGAAACAAAUGUGAAUUCCUCACAAAUGAUUUUUAAAAUGUAUUUCAUCUCAUAUGCAGUGAUGUGUGUGUUAUGUCAAACAUAAAUGGGUGGAAAACUUGAAAAAUCCUGUCAGGUCAUAAAAUAAAAUUUUGAAGGCA